AUUAUGGAUUAAUAAAAAGCACCAAUAAUAUCUUUAGAAGCUAAAGUAUCAGCAAUUGAAUGUCCAGCAUUCAAUCUGCUAGAUGAGAAAAGCAAGCAUUAUGCUUAUUAUUUUACAAGAGCAUGCUGGGCAGGUGCAAAAAUUUGUUACUUUUAAAGAUCAUAUGAAGCCCCAGGAUUGUUUUAUUUGUUGUAAAAAAUAUUUUAAAAAGAAUCAGUAAGAAUAAAUUAAUAUUAUUAGACUUCAGAAAUAAAGGAUAAGCUAUUGUAAAAUGAAUUUACUGAAAACCAAGUUCAAUAAUUAUUUAUUUAUUUUUCUGCUUUUUUCUAAAAUUGCGGAAAUUAUUUAAGUUUUGGUGAUUCGAAGUUUGUACCUGAAUUACCAGUUGAAAAAUUCCGUCAAUUUUUGUAAUUAACAAAGGCUUAUUCAGAAUAACAGGAAGAAUUUACAAAAAUAUGGAAUUUGAUAGAAAAAUACAUUUAUACAUAUGAAAAACCAUAUGGACUGUUAGAUUUAGUCGAAAAGGGUGGAUCUAAUUCAUAUUACUCUCCAAAUUUAAGUAAGGAGUAGAUAGAAGAAUUGGAUUAAUUUUUACAUAAACAAAAUCUAAGUGAAUUGAAUACAAGAGUAAUUUUAAAUGGAGAUAGGAUUGAAUUAUUAGUAGCUUCAUCAGAGAGAUCAGAUACAGUUAUUUUGGGUGAAGUUUAAGGAAAGAAAGUCUAGGCUAUUUAUGGUGAUUUUAAAUCAUUUUUGAAUGGUGUAGCUAUUAAUUUGAGAGAAGCAUAAAAAUAUGCUGCUAAUGAGACAUAAGUGAAAAUGUUAGAAGAAUACAUAAAACAUUUUUAGAGUGGAGAUAUUGAAUAACAUAAAGAAAGUUAGAAAUUAUGGAUUUAAGAUAAAGGACCAAUAAUAGAAAUAAAUAUUGGAUUUAUUGAAACAUAUUUAGAUCCAAUGAAAGUGAGAGCAGAAUAUGAAGGAUUUGUAUCUAUUGUAAAUUAGGAAGAAUCUAAAUUGUUAGGUAAUUUAGUAGAGAAGGCAGAAGAUAUAAUUAAAGAUUUACCUUGGCCUAAAGAAUUUGAAAUAGAGAAAUUUAGUAGACCUGAUUUUACAUCUUUAGAAAUAUUAGCAUUUGCAUGUUCUGGAACACCAGUUGGAAUAAAUAUUCCAAAUUAUGAUGAUAUAAGAUAAAAUUUAGGAUUUAAGAAUGUAAAUUUAGGAAAUGUAUAUGGUAAACCAAACAGAGAUUCAGUUAGAUUUUUAUAAGGAACAGAUAUUGAUUUGUUUAUUAAUUAUUAUAAGGAAUCUUUAUUUGUUGUAGUUGCUUUACAUGAAUUAAUAGGACAUGGUAGUGGUAAAAUAUUUAUGGAAGAUAAAGAUGGAAAAUUGAAUUUUGAUAAUGUUAUCAAUCCAUUUACUAAUGAAAAAGUAACAACAUUUUAUAAACCAAAUGAACAUUGGCAUGCUAAAUUUGGAGAACUAUCAGGUGCUUAUGAAGAAUGUAGAGCUGAUAGUGUAGCAUUAUAUCUUAGUACUUACGAUGAUGUUGUUUAAAUUUUGGUCCCUGGAAAAACAAAAGAAGAAAGAGAUGAAAUUGUUAAAGCUGCUUGGCUUGAUAUUAUUAUGGGAGCAUUAAAAGGACUUCAAUAUUAUUCAGCUGAAUAAUCUAAAUGGGGAUAACCUCAUAUUUUAGCUUCUUAUGUUAUACUAUAAUCAAUUAUAUAAAAAGAUCCAACUUUUGUUUAAUUUAUUCAUUCAGAACUUAAUAAUAAACCUUAUUUCACUGUUUAAGUUGAUUAUAACAAAAUUUGGACUAUUGGCAAAGAAGCUAUUGCUGAUCUACUAAAAGGUUUAUAAGUUUUUAAAUCAAUUGCUGAUGGUGAAAAUGGAAUGAAAUUCUUUAAUAAAUUUACUUAAGUCGAUUAAUAAUUCUUAUAACUAAGAGAUAUUGUUUUGUAAAUAGUUUUAUUUAUUUAUUACAAGAGCUCAUAAAUAACCAAGAAAAAUUGAAUUACAACCAGAUGUCAAAUUGAAUAAUGGUUCAGUUGAAUUAGUUGUCUUUCCAGAAUCCCAUGAAGGUGUUAUACAAUCUCAUAGUAUUUAUAUUUAUUUCAUUAUUAGUAUUUCAUUAUUAAAAUGAUGUUGAAGAUGUUAAACACGAGUUUCUAGAUAGAUAAUAAUAUUUUAAGAAUUGAAGUUUCAUAAUAUUUAUU